AUGUCACAAAGCCUUCGCCAGCGCGCGUGGGGCCUCACGAAGUGCCCGGUCGGGGCGGCUCCUCGAAUUCAAGCCACUUUCGAAUUCAACCCUGCGUUCGAAUUCAACCCUGCGUCCGAAUUCAACCCUGCGUCCGACUUCCGCCCUCGUAUCCCAGCCUCCUGCGCCGCGAGGCUCUGCGCGCUCCCGCCGGACGCGUGCCGGCGCGCGCCGCGGUGGCCGCCGCGGCCGGGUGCACCGCCUCUUCCUCCUCCUCUUCCUCGGGUCUCCGCCGCUGCCCCGCCUCCGCCCGCCCGCCCGCCCGCUCGCUCGCUCGCCCGCUCGCUCGCUCGCCCGCUCGCUCGCUCUCUGGCCGCGGGCGGGCGCCCCUUAGCAGGACCUUCAGCGCGGCGCGCACUGAUGCCCAGGCUGCACGACCACUUCUGGAGCUGUCCCUGCGCCGUGCGGCGCCCCAGCCCCCUACGAGCCAGUGCCGCCCCGCGGCUAGGCAUGCUGGCCGCCCCCGCGCCCUCUGGCCUCAGGGCCACGGACUCCAGCCCCGCGCCCCGGGGCCCGCGGGCCAGCAGCGGGCACCACGACCUGGUGCAGAGGAGCCUUGUGCUCUUCUCGGUCGGAGUCGUCCUGGCCCUGGUGCUCAACCUGCUGCAGAUCCAGAGGAAUGUCACUCUCUUCCCGGACGAAGUGAUCGCCACCAUCUUCUCCUCGGCCUGGUGGGUGCCACCGUGCUGCGGGACGGCCGCUGCUGUUGUCGGCUUACUGUACCCCUGUAUCGACAGUCACCUGGGAGAGCCCCACAAGUUCAAGAGAGAGUGGGCAAGCGUCAUGCGCUGUAUCGCAGUUUUUGUUGGCAUUAACCAUGCCAGUGCUAAAUUGGAUUUUGCCAAUAAUGUCCAGCUGUCCUUGACCUUGGCAGCCCUGUCCUUGGGCCUUUGGUGGACAUUUGAUCGCUCCAGAAGCGGCCUUGGGCUGGGGAUUACCAUUGCCUUCCUGGCGACACUCAUCACCCAGUUCCUUGUGUAUAACGGUGUCUAUCAGUAUACAUCCCCUGAUUUCCUCUAUAUUCGUUCAUGGCUCCCAUGCAUAUUUUUCUCAGGAGGUGUCACAGUGGGAAACAUAGGGCGACAGUUAGCUAUGGGUGUUCCUGAAAAGCCCCAUAGUGACUGAGCUUUCAAACCCACUGAUUCUGAGGAAUAAGAAACCAGAUUUGUGAAGAAACUCUGAGACAGUGGGUUGUGAUGAAGAUAAUCGAUCUUUCUCCUAAAUACUCUAUUUAGAUUGGGCUGACUGUACACAUGACUCCGGAAGAAAUGUCCACCUAGAAAUGUCUAGAAUAGCAAAGUGGAGACAGUGCUUACCUUGAAGUCUUACCAUGACUGAGCACGUGGCACCUCCCCGUGCCCUGGAGCGCCCUGUCCCAGGCUGUGUGGGCAGCCAUCAGGGGCAGUUUCCCAAGUAUUAGAUCACAUUCCUUUUAUUAAAAACAAGUUGCCAUAUUUAAAGCCUUGAACUAAAACUUAAUUACCAACUCUCAGUUUGUACUAGUGCCCAAAGGAAAUAGGUUGAUGGUGCUUAACAAAGAUGAAGUAUGGUGUAAUAGGAAUAUUUAUCCAAAAGAUUUUUAAAAUAGGGUUGUGUGAAAAAAGCAAAACAAAACAGGAGCAGCAGUGAGUGAAGGGAGGUGGCACUCCAAGGGGAUCACGUUGUAGAAGCUCAUGGUCACACUUGCUGCUGUGGCACAGUGCUCACCCCUGCAGUCACGCACACGUGUGUGUCAUGGGGAGCAGGCCAAGCUUUGCGUUCUGCCUGUGAUGCUUUGUGUAGACAAUCUUAGGAGAGGAAGAAGCAGUGAGAAGUCAUAAUCCUACACUGAUCAUGAAACGUUGACCUCAGUUUGUGACGUUUUAUCCAAAAUCUAAUCAUCUAAGAGUGUUUAACUGUCUGCCAUGUAUUUUAGUGUCAGUGAACCAAAAUUGUUUCUCUGUGACUCCAGAGUAGAGAGGACUAUUUUUUCCACAGCCCUAUGGAACUUGCAAUCUGUGAUUGCCGUGUAAAAAGAAGAGUGCGUAUGUCACUGCAUUGCCCGCGUGAUGUUUCUAAACAUUCGACGAUAGUGGUGAGCACAGUGUAUUCAUUUAAUGGCAUAGACCAUGUCGGACCUAAUUUGCAAGUAUUGGGUCUUAAACUUCAAGUGCAAUGUACAUGAAAACCAAUCUGAGCCUUGUAUCCUCUUAAAUAUUUAUUUUUUUUAUUGUCUGAGAUGCUCCAGAGAAGGGUUCUCCAUUCAUUUCAGUGCCGCAGGGAGGCAGUUCAGCAAUACUUCUUAGUCUCAAAGUCCCUCCACCGUCAGACCCUCCACUGAGCCCAGUCCUUUGACAUACUCCAGUUUUGUGGGUUUAGUCAUUUUUACUUACAAAUUUACCUUUUUGUAUUUUGCAACUUAAAUGUUUCUGGUUUCUGGUUCAUUGUAAAUGGAUGCAAAGACUCCUUUGAAGCAGAAGUCCCGGGCAGCAGGACAGGGAUGAGGAGUGCCCAGCUGCCAGCGCUGACAUCUGCGGUUUCCUUGGCGGGGGUGGGGGCUUUGUUGAUUUCAUUUUGAGGAAAUGUCUUGGAGUGAAUUUUAGGUUUCUGAAGCUAAUUUGUUUUAGAGGAAUUUUGUUUAAAAGCAAAUGAAUUGUCCUGAACUUUCGGGUGAUCCUUCACAAGUUUUCUGAAAAUGAAAACAAAUGAUCAGUUAUGUGAAAGCAUUUUUCAGUGAAAAUGUUGGCCUUUUAUGAAAACCAGAGGUUGCUAGUUGAAAGCAGUACGUGAAUCUUUCAGAUAUACUUGAUCAUGCACAAACAAUAUGUUUUUUUCUCUUAAACUGGAAAUAAGUCUGUAUCUGUUAGAAAAAUGUGGCCAAAAAAAUGUGACUCUGAGAAAUUUCUCUUUGCCAAUAGUUUAUAGCAGAUACAUUGAACCAAAGUGAUUUGAGUUUGUAAAAAUGUAAAAUAGUGUAAGCAAAAUUUGCACUAUACCAGAUUUGAACAUCUAGCGAGAUUCACAUUCAUACCAAGUUUUCAACUUUGUGGUUUUUUUUGCAUUCAUUUUUUACUUUAUUAAAGGUUCAAAACCAGUUGUUGUA